AUGCAGCGCCCCGGGCCCUUCAGCACCCUCUACGGGCGGGUCCUGGCCCCGCUGCCCGGGCGGGCSGGGGGCGCGGCCUCCGGCGGGGGCGGGAGCAGCUGGGCCCUCCCGGGCUCGCACGUGCAGCCGCCGGGGCGCGCACUGCCCGGAGCCCGUGGCGCCAACGGCCGGGACUCGGACGGCGUCUGCCCCGCCACCUCCACCAUGUCCAAGACUGAGGAGGCCAAGAGGGUGGCGGGCCGCGCGGCGGUGGAGGACCACGUGAGGAAUAAUCAAGUGCUGGGAAUUGGAAGUGGCUCUACAAUUGUCCAUGCUGUGCAGCGAAUAGCUGAGCGAGUGAAGCAGGAGAGUCUGAGCCUCAUCUGUAUUCCUACUUCAUUCCAGGCCCGGCAGCUCAUCUUGCAGUAUGGCCUAACCCUCAGUGAUCUGGACCGGCACCCAGAGAUUGACCUUGCCAUUGAUGGAGCUGAUGAAGUGGAUGCUGAUCUCAACCUCAUCAAGGGUGGUGGGGGCUGCCUGACGCAGGAGAAGAUUGUGGCUGGCUAUGCCAGUCGCUUCAUCGUGGUUGCUGACUUCAGGAAAGAUUCAAAGAACCUUGGGGAACAGUGGCACAAGGGAAUUCCUAUUGAAGUCAUCCCCAUGGCCUAUGUUCCUGUCAGCCGAGCUGUGACCCGGAAGUUUGGCGGUGCCAUUGAACUUCGGAUGGCUGUCAACAAGGCGGGUCCUGUGGUGACGGAUAAUGGUAAUUUUAUCCUGGACUGGAAGUUUGACCAGGUGCACAAAUGGAGUGAAGUGAACACAGCUAUCAAAAUGAUCCCAGGCGUGGUGGACACAGGGCUGUUCAUUAACAUGGCUGAGAGAGUCUACUUCGGGAUGCAGGACGGCUCAGUGAGCGUGAGGGAGAAGCCUUUCUGCUGACACUGCAGGAGCAGUGUGCUCACCCGUGUCCAGCCCAUGCCAGGGUGGACAUGUCUCUCCUGGAGCCUUUGCCUUAAUGUACCUGCCAGGGUGGACGGCUGGCCGUGCGGAGGUGGGGGCAGUUAAAUCCAGUCUUCUUAAGUAUUGUUAUUAUAUGUCUUUUUAAAAAGAGAAAUUUAAACAUAUAUAUUUUUACUAUUAAAAAUGUUCAUUUUUAAAAAUAAAGUAGAACUUAAUUUCAUGUUUUAUAUCACAUAUUUACGAAAAAAGAAAAAAAAAGAGAGACGUGGGGUUGUCUUUGAAACCUUUGACUUGAGCCUGCUGGUUAAGCUUCUGAGUAUUGGGUUUGCUGAGCAAUAAAAUCCGAACUUUCCUUUCCGCUGUGAGAUGAAGGGCCAGCCAGCAGCGACCUGAUGCCUUAUGGGAAACUCUGUUUACUCCCUGCUACUGUCUGGUUUGUAGGUAGUUUUCAUGGUGAUCACGCACAAUACCCAGUGACAUUGUAAUCAGGGCUACCGCAGUGUAUUAGUGGAGCAGUGUGACGUGUGGCCACCAGGAGUGAGAGCUGUGAAAGGAGGCUUGCCUGAGCCCCUGCUGUUGAAGCACUGGGCCAGAAACACGUGCCAGUGUUGCCCACGCACUGCUGUGAAAUGUGAAGCACUUGGUUUUUUUUUAAAUUUUCUUUUUGUUGAUAUUUUUAAUGUCUCUUAUUACUUGCAUGGUUUUGUGUCAGAAGUUGUCACCUCUUCUGUUAUUUGAAGGUUGAAAUAAACCAGUGUGGUGCCAUUU